CCAUCCGGACCCUGAGCGAGCAGACCAACACGUAUAACCGGGCGCAUUGUUCUGCAGGUAAAGAUGGACAUCAGAGACCAAGGCGCUCAAAUGGAACCCCUUCUUCCCACGAGAAGUGAUGAAGAGGCCGUGGUGGACCAAGGGGGAGCUCGGUCCAUGCUGAAGACCAACUUUGAGAAAGAGGAGCUCGAAGGCCACCGUACUCUGUACAUCGGUGUGCAUGUGCCACUGGGCAGCAAGAGGCGACGGAGACACCGCCACCAUGGCCACCGUCACCGCAAGAGGAGCCGCGAGAGGGACUCUGGGAUGGACGACGGCCGCGACUCCCCCUCUUACAACACGCCGUCCCAGAGAGUGCAGUUCCUGCUGGGCACAGAGGACGAUGAUGAGGAGCACAUCCCCCACGACCUCUUCACCCAGCUGGACGAGAUCUGCUGGAAGGAGGGCGAGGACACGGAGUGGAGGGAGACCGCCAGGUGGCUGAAGUUCGAGGAGGAUGUGGAGGAUGGAGGAGAGAGGUGGAGUAAACCCUACGUGGCUACCCUGUCGCUUCACAGCCUGUUUGAGCUGCGCUCCUGCAUCCUCAACGGCACCGUUCUGCUGGACAUGAGGGCUAACGGCCUGGAGGAGAUCGCAGACAUGGUGCUGGACCACCAGGAGGCUGCCAGUCCCCUGGGUGACGAGGUGCGCAGGAGGGUGCGGGAGGCCCUGCUCAAGCAGCACCACCACCAGAACCAGAAGAAGCUGGCCAACCGCAUCCCCAUCGUGCGCUCCUUCGCCGACAUCGGCAAGAAGCAGUCCGAGUCACACAACAUGGACAAGAACGGUCAGAUGAUCUCUCCUCAAACCCUCCCUGUGACCCCAGAGGGAAAGACGGAGGUGAGCAGAGAGAACAGUGGCGUGGACUUCAGCAAGAUAGACCUGCACUUUAUGAAGAAGAUCCCUCCGGGGGCCGAGGCCUCCAACAUACUGGUAGGGGAGCUGGACUUCCUGGACAAGCCCGUGGUGGCGUUCGUGCGCCUUUCUCCCGCCAUCAUGCUCAACGGCAUCGCAGAGGUUCCCAUCACCACCAGAUUCCUUUUCAUUUUGUUGGGCCCUGAAGGGAAAGGCCCACAAUACCAUGAGAUCGGCCGAUCUAUUGGAGUUCUAAUGACAGAUGAGGUCUUUCAUGAUGUGGCGUACAAAGCAAAGGACCGUAAAGACCUUGUGGACGGCAUUGACGAGUUUCUGGACCAAGUAACGGUUCUGCCGCCCGGGGAGUGGGAUCCCUCCAUCAGAAUAGAGCCACCAAAAAACGUUCCCUCACAGGAGAAGCGUAGGGUCCCUGCCAUGCCAAACGGCACCACAGACAUGGGAGGAGAAGCACCAGACCAUGGGGGGCACGGGGGCCCAGAACUGCAACGCACGGGCAGGCUGUUUGGAGGUUUACUCUGGGACAUAAAGCGCAAGGCGCCGACCUACAUCUCGGACUACACGGACGCCCUGAGUCUGCAGUGCGUGGCCUCCUUCCUCUUCCUCUACUGUGCCUGCAUGUCGCCCGUCAUCACCUUCGGAGGGCUGCUGGGGGAGGCCACUGAGGGCCGCAUAAGUGCCAUUGAAUCGCUGUUCGGGGCCUCGAUGACUGGCAUCGCAUAUUCGCUGUUCGCCGGGCAGCCGCUCACCAUAUUAGGCAGUACGGGCCCUGUCCUGGUGUUUGAGAAGAUCCUCUUUAAAUUCUGCAAGGAGUACGGCCUGUCCUACCUGUCUCUAAGAGCCUGCAUAGGCCUGUGGACAGCCUUCUUCUGCCUGCUGCUGGUCGCCACGGACGCCAGCUCGCUGGUGUGCUACAUCACGCGCUUCACGGAGGAAGCCUUCGCCGCGCUCAUCUGCAUCAUCUUCAUCUACGAGGCCUUGGAGAAGCUGAUCCACCUGGGGGAACACUACCCCUUCAACAAGAACAACAACCUGGACAAGCUCACACAGUACUCUUGCGGCUGUAUUGAGCCCCAGGACCCCAAUAACGCCACGUUGGAGUACUGGGAGAAGAACAACAUCACCGCCUCCGAGAUCUACUGGGAGGCCCUGGAGGUCAAGGACUGUGCAGAGAAGAAGGGUGUGUUCGUGGGGAAGGCCUGUGGUCCUCAUGGGCCCUACGUCCCAGACGUCCUCUUCUGGUCCGUGGUCCUCUUCUUCUCCACUGUGGCCAUGUCCGCUUUCCUCAAGGACUUCAAGACCAGCCGAUACUUCCCCACCAAGGUGCGGUCCAUCAUCAGUGACUUUGCAGUGUUCAUCACCAUCUUCACCAUGGUAACGGUGGACUACGCCUUAGGGGUGCAGUCUCCCAAGCUGCAGGUCCCCAGCGUCUUCAAGCCGACCAGAGAUGACCGUGGCUGGGUGGUGAACCCUCUGGGCCCCAACCCCUGGUGGACAGCGGUGAUCAGCUGCAUCCCCGCCCUGCUCUGCACCAUCCUCAUCUUCAUGGACCAGCAGAUCACUGCCGUCAUCAUCAACAGGAAAGAGCACAAGCUGAAAAAAGGCUGUGGGUACCACCUGGAUCUGUUUGUGGUUGGGGUGAUGCUGGGUGUGUGCUCAGUGAUGGGGCUGCCGUGGUUCGUGGCGGCCACCGUCCUCUCCAUCACCCACGUCAACAGCCUGAAGCUGGAGUCGGAGAGCUCGGCGCCCGGCGAGCAGCCCAAGUUCCUGGGCAUCCUGGAGCAGCGCUUCACUGGGCUCAUGAUCUUCACACUCAUGGGAUCCUCCGUCUUCAUGACCAAAGUGCUGAAGUUCAUUCCCAUGCCUGUGCUCUAUGGAGUAUUCCUCUACAUGGGUGCAUCAUCACUAAAAGGGAUUCAGUUCUUUGAUCGUCUGCUGCUGUUCGGGAUGCCGGCUAAGCACCAGCCGGACUUCAUCUACCUGCGGCACGUGCCCCUGAGGAAGGUGCACCUCUUCACCCUCAUCCAGCUCAGCUGCCUGGUCAUGCUCUGGGUCAUCAAGACCUCCAAGGCUGCCAUCGUCUUCCCCAUGAUGGUGUUGGCGUUGGUGUUUAUUCGAAAGCUGCUGGACUUCAUCUUCACCAAGCGAGAGCUGAGCUGGUUGGAUGAUCUGAUGCCGGAGAGCAAGAAGAAGAAGUUGGAGGAUGCCGAUGACGAGGAGGAGGAGCAGAGUAUUUUGGCUGAGGAGGAGGAGGGGGUGGUGCAAAUGCCCCUUGAGGGAAAUUACAGAGAUGACCCUUCCACAGUCAACAUUACGGAUGAAAUGUCAAAAUCCUCUUUUGGGAACACAUGGAAUGCACUCCAUUCAGAGCCCAAGACUAAAAGGUAUUUAUCAAGAAAUUAAUAAACUUCUUGUGAUUGA